CUAAUGUGAACAAGCCAGCAGUCAGCAGGUCUAAAGUUUCUGCGCAUUGGAAGUGUUUGUGAGUUAAUUUGGUUGAGGCAGUUGGAGAAUAAAACAAAGCAGAGGAUUUGUUAUUGGACAAGUAAAUCUUUUAAAGAUGUUUGACUUUUUUGGCUUUAAAAAAAGUCAGGACUCGAAGAAAGGGCCUGUUCAAGAGAAAGAAGUGGACGGCUUUGUUUUUGUGGAAAGAUUAUCAAAAUCUGGAGCUGAUCGGGAAAGGGUAAACCGUGGAAAUGACCAAAGUGGGAAAAUAGAAGGAGUUACUUUAGCUCAACAGAAGGAAGUCAUAUGUACUCAACCAGGAAAGAUACCUACAGCAGAUUCUCAGUUCUCCGCAGUCUCUAAUACAGCUCAGUCAGUACCACAGACAAACCAGACAACUGCUUGUGCCUCAGUAAUGCCAGAUCUUCUAAGUGAUGUACCCUUCACUUUAACUCCACAUGUCCAGGCUAUGCAGAAUCUCUUCAAUGGCUGUCCAGAUACAUUCCUGUCCCAGAACUUCAACAGCUUAGCUAUGUUCCAUUAUGAUUUUAAAUUGGAAAACUCAGUGCUGUUUGACUCCUAAUGUAAUACAUUUGUUGCCUUAUUUUUACCACAGAUAAAACAUGGACGUCUUAAAUUGCAUAUGCAACAAAAUAUUAAUUUCUGCAAUACCAGCACUGUUUGCAAAAAAAAAAAAAACACAAUUCAUGUAAUUCUGUUUAGAUAGUAAAUCCUGAUGUUGGAUAUUAAUCAGUCUUCAUUAGUCAGUUAUACAGUAUUGUAAGCAUUAUGCUCUCAUUUGUAUAUUUUCAUUGUUUUGAAAUUUAAUUUAAAGAGUGUGCUAUAUAUGUGUAAGUUUUAAGAAAUACUUCAUCCUUAAACGUGCUUAUUUGUUAAUAUAGUGCAUGUGUUUAUCAAUCUUGAUUAAUCUGUAGUCUUUUCUUUAUAUUGACUUCCUUACAUAAGUUACCAGUUGUGCACUUUUCACACUUGGAUGUUACUUAUCUAUUUUCAGUGCUCAAGGUUCCUUCCUUGUAUCAGGAAUUUAUAUGUUCAUAUUAUUUCUCCAGAAAGAACAUUGUUGGUGAGGGCAGGACUUGGUCACUGCUUUUUGGUCUUCCUUUUACAGUGCAUCUUCCGCAAGCAUGACCGAUAAUACUAAAACAUUAAUAAGACCCUCCA